AUCUUCUGUUUCAGUCCGUUAUUACACUCUUAAAUCCUGCUACUUAUUCCUGCGUCUUUUGGGAUCUUACAAAGCUUCAAACGACGCGUCGACUAUUAAAUUUGUCGUCGACAAUUUUAAUAGUCGUGACUAGUGACUAAUCGUGGCAGCCCUACUCGUCUGUUACUGUUACUUUACUGGAGCAACUGUAACCCACAUAAUUUCCUUAGGUAUUAAUAAAGUAUGCUGAUAUGGACACCCGACAGCUCUUAGUUUGUCUUGGGUUCUUCAGUAGCUUGUUCCUCAGCCCGACCUGUCUCUGUGCCUGCUAUAGGAUCCCAGGUCCUGCUCAGAGCUACGUUGUGCCUUCCAGCAAAGCCUGGUCUACUGGCAGCAUCCCUCCAUACCCUGGCUGUCUCUGUUCCCUAGGAUCAACGCUGAAAGGAGCUUCUUUGGCAAGAGCGCCCCCUGGGCUCAUGAUGCAACGAUACAGCAGAGUCUCAUGACAGAAUGGUCCGUCAGUCUGUCAUCUCUCUACAGUCUGUUAAAGGCCAGACUGUGUCCGUACUUCUACCUCUGUUCCUAUCAGUUCACAGUGUUGUUCCGGGCAGCAGGUCUUGGAGGAUCCAGCAGCAUCACUGCUUUCAUUUCCCCCACAACGAGGGGCCUCAGAGAGGCAAUGAAGGCUGAAGGUAUAGAGUUCAGCCUUCCUCUGCUGGAGGAACAGAGGAGGUGCAGGGAGGCACAGAAGCAGACCAUUCACCAAGAGGAGGAGCAGAAGGAACAAGAGGUCACGUAAGUGCUGCUCUUUCAUUGUCUGAGCUCAGUAGGGCUGGGAGCUGUCAGGGUUCUGAUUCUGAUCACUGUUUUUAAAAUAUGUGUAAAAUAUCAGUUUGGACUCACUCAGCAGUUUCCACACAGCUUCAUAUCAUUCUAGAAUAGCUGACUUCUCAUACAGCUAAUAAUAAAUAAUAAUAAUAAUACUUCCUUUUUUAAAAUGAAAAAUCUUUGGGAAGUUCACAUCUGGCGGAGCUGCCAGAUGGGAAAGAUUUUUAAAAAGACGAUUGAAGAGACAAACACGAUGUCUGAGCGGCCAUGAGCCAAUUUAAUAGUCGAUGCGUCAUUUGAAGCUUUGUAGGAUCCCGAAAAACGCAGGAAUAAGUAGUAGGACUUAAGAGUGUAUUAACGCCUGAAACAGAAGAUGGCAGCACAGCAUGUAAAAGGAUUCCAGCUGCCGUUAAACCCCGAAUAAGAAGCGGAAGAAGCAGCAGUCUCCGCUUACUGUGUCCAAAUUCAGGGGCCACAUCUUUUGACCCCUGAAUUUGGAGAGCAGACGCAUGUUGAUGCAAUAAGCUGUAUGUUUUACAUCCAACAGAUGCAUGAUCCGAUUAGUCGACCAAUCAGAUCAUCAUCCAUUGAACAUAAAACGUACAGCUUAUUGCACCAGCAGCAUCUGCUCUUAUAUAACUAUCAUU